AUGGGAAGUAAGCCCAGCCGAAAGAAAAUGCUGCCAAGUUCCAGUUCCAAUUUUUCUGUGCAACAGCAGGAUCCUGGGCCAUCAGAAAUGGAACGUAGCAGGGCCAGUGCCGUGGCCCUGGGCAGCUUUCCAGUGGGGGAGCAGACAGCGCUGAUGCUGAGGCUGGGGGAGCCCCUGAUUGUCAUCUCUGAGAAUGGAGACUGGUGGAAAGUGGUGUCAGAAGUCUCAGGCAGAGAAUACAGCAUCCCCAGUGUCCACGUGGCCAAAAUCUCCCAUGGGUGGCUGUAUGAGGGCCUGAGCCGGGAGAAAGCAGAGGAGCUGCUGCUGCUGCCAGGAAACUGCGGUGGGGCCUUCAUCAUCCGAGAGAGCCAGACUCGGAGAGGCUGCUACUCUCUGUCCAUCCGCCAAAGCCGCCCUGCAUCCUGGGACCAAAUCAAACACUAUAGGAUCCAGCGCCUUGACAAUGGCUGGCUGUACAUCUCACCGAGCCUCACCUUCCCCUCACUCCAGGCCCUGGUGGACCAUUAUUCAGAGAUGGCAGAUGACAUAUGCUGCCUCCUCAAGGAACCCUGUGCCCUGCUGAGGACUGGUCCAGUCUCCAAUAAGGCCAUACUGCCGCCCGUGAUUGUAAAGACAAAACCAGUCAACUGGAAAGAGCUGGACAGUUCCCUCUUGCUUCUCUCGGACGCACCUGCGACAGGAGAGGCAUCUCUCCUCAGUGAGGGGCUACGGGAGGCCCUCAGCUCCUACGUCAGCCUGACAGAUGAUAUCUCCUUGGAUGAUGCCAAGGCCCAAAGUAGAGGCCGGAAGGGAAACAAAGGUUACAGUACUUAG